AUGGAUGGCUUCUGGAAGCUUAAGACUAGAGGAGAGGUGAGCUUGGAGUUUAUGCCAAGAAUGAGGCUAUCAAGAUUCAGCCAUCAACAUUCCACCAUCAAGACUUCUGUUUCAACACAAUGGCUCUUAGUCCUCAUUUUACUGCUUUUGUUGCUGCCUGUUGUUGAAGCAGGAGAAGCCAGAGAUGCAAUUGCUGUCUUUUUGGGUGUGGUUCUCAGCAUUACAGGCAUUUGUGCUUGCUUGGGGGUAUGUGCACAAAAGAGAAAUGGACAGAUAUGA